AUGGCUACAGUAUCUAUGUCGUUACAGCCAGAAGUCCUCCAGGAUGCUGAAAAGAUCGCUCUAAGUGAUCUGUCGCAGGAGCUAGAGGAAAAGCGGCAUAUCACUGGCUUCAAGUGGUUCAUAUUUCUUGCUAGCACCUUGACUGCAAUAUUCGUCUACUCUCUAGACAAUACGAUCGUUGCCAACAUCGCUCCGAAAAUUGUCAACCAUUUCAACUCGGUUGAGGAUUUGCCAUGGCUAUCGGUGGGGUUCAUGAUUGGAGGAAUGUCAAUGGUACUUCCGAUUGGGAAGCUGUACUCAAUCUUCGAUUCGAAAUGGGUAUUUAUUAUAUCCACCAUUAUAUUUAUGGCAGCCUCUGCGCUUUGUGGUGGGGCACCAACGAUGGACGCCGAAAUCAUCGGCCGGGUCUUCGCUGGGGCAGGCGGAAAUGGCAUGUAUUUCGGGCUGCUUGCUCUGAUUUCCAUGAACACCACCAGCCAAGAGCGGCCAAAAUAUCUAAGCUUGAGUGGCUUAGUCUGGGGUCUGGGGACUGUGCUGGGUCCUGUUGUCGGCGGUGCCUUUGAGCUGUAUACCUGGCGCUGGGCAUUCUAUAUCAAUCUGUUGUUUGGGGCUAUCUUACUUCCAACCUAUCUUUUUGUCAUUCCGUCCAACGACCCGCUACCCGGGACAUCACGAUGGCGGAAACUAGCCAGCUUCGACUGGGUGGGGACCAUACUCAGCGUUGGGUCAUUUACAACUUUGGUUAUGGCCAUCAAUUUUGGUGGAACCCUUUACCUAUGGAAUAGUGGCCAGAUAAUUGCACUGUUUGUUGUCUCCGGUGUCCUGUUGGUUCUAUUCGGCCUACAACAGGGCUUCAGCAUCGCCACCUCGGUCGAGACACGCAUUUUACCAAUUCACCUUUUUGCCCAGAAAGAGCCAGUCCUUCUAUUUAUAUCUUGUGCGGCAGUGGGUGCUGUGUCCUACACCAGUGUCUAUUACAUCCCUAUCUAUUUUCAGUUCACCCAAGGAGACGACGCGAUCAGAUCCGCGGUCCGUUUACUCCCAUUUAUCUUCCUGCUAAUCCCCACUACCCAAGCUAGCGGUGCUAUGAUGUCUCAUUUCGGUUACUAUAAGCCUUGGUAUCUGGGCGGUAGCCUAAUAGCCUUCAUCCCGGCUGUUUUAAUGUCUACUAUUAUCAAUAUUGACACACCUUCGGGCGUUCUAUAUGGUCUCCAAAUUGUGCUGGGUCUUGGGGCUGGGGCGUACACCCAGGCUGCUUUCGCGGUUAUCCAAGCCGUUGUGCAGCCCGGAGAGGAAUCCAAUGGGCUGACUCUCAUGUUACUGGCCCAACUAUGCGGCUUGACGUUUGGCUUGUCUAUUAGCGGUGCUGUAUUCGUCAAUACUGCCUCGAAUGGCCUGUUCGCUCUACUCCCUGAUUACCCACAAUCUCAGGUUAGGCAGAUUGUCUCUGGAACUAGCAGCAAGUUACUUGAAUCAAUCUCCGAGAAGUUGCGUGAGCAGGCGCUUGCUGUGAUUGUGUCUUCAUGGCAGAAUAUCUUCAUGUGCGUGUCUGCGGCCGCUGCUGCAAGUCUAGUAUGCUCUAUUUUUAUGUCGCAUAAACGAUGUAAUGUCUCACCCGCUGCAGGGGGUGCGUGA